AUGACUUGCAUCGAAAAAGACUGUAGAAACUACAUUGAAAAAGUGAGGCAGUUAAGACUCGGGGAAGGAAAUGCUAUUGCAAUACAGGCCUACUUCUCGAGAAUGCAAAUUCAAUGCUCUAGUUUUUAUUUCAAUAUUGAUUCGAAUGAUGAGGCUGGAUUGAAGAACAUGCUUUGGGUAGAUUAUAGGUGUAGGGAAGCUUACAAGGAGUUUGGCGAUGUUGUUACCUUUGAUACCACAUAUCUCAUGAAUAAGUAUGACAUGUUGUUCACCCCUUUUAUUGGUGUGAAUCAUCAUGGCCAAUCGACACUGCUUGGAUGUGGUUUAGUGUCGAACGAGGAUACCGAGACUUUUAUUUGGCUCUUUAGGACAUGGUUUCAGUGCAUGCAUGGUCAAGCUCCCACUAGCAUAAUAAUCGACCAUUAUAGGGUAAUGCAGAAUGAAAUUCAAGUAGUUUUUCCAACACUAAGCAUAGAUGUAUAUGAAUCCCAAACUCUUGAAGAAUUUGAACAGGGUUGGACUUCAAUGAUUAAUAUGUACACAUUGCACAAGAACGAAUGGUAUACAAAAAAAAAGUCAUUGGGUUCCAUGUUUCUUGAAGACAAGUUUCUGGGCAAGGAUGUCAACAAUGCAAUGGAGCGAGAGUAUGAAUGUGUUCUUCGACAGUAUGAGUGGGCAUUGAAGAGCCAAGUGGAAAAGGAGUUUCAAGUAGAUUUUAGGUCAUUUUCUCAAAUGGUCCCCUAUGCAUCUAGGUACGAAAUGGAGAAGCAACUUUAG